GCAAAUCUUGUGAAACAAAAUCCUGAAAAUGGAGAUGAUGUGGUACGAAUGCUGGAACUUGCACCAAACUGUCAUAAAUUCGACAGUUUUCCGCCAUUAGAGGAGGAUGAAUUAGUGACAUCGACGGAUAAGGUCGAUCGCAAAAAACGACGAUUUGAGAGUCGCUCUCAAGCUUGCGAAUAUGGUAGAAAGAUACAAAGACGUGGUUGUCCUGCGCGGCAACCGCUUCAAAGUUUUGCACCCGCCGAGCCACCUCGGGUAGAACCUCCACUAUAUUCUGGUGAUCCCUCCCAUCCAGAAUCUGAUCCAUAUUCUCACCAUGAGCCACCUCGCAUAGAUCUUCAGCCAUACUCUCGCCCUGAGGCACCUCAAGAUUUACCGCCAAAUCCUCGCUCUGAGCAUUCUCAGCAUGAUCAGUCACCUUAUGAUGAAUACGCCAGAAGAUAUAUGGAAAGGCUCUCGCAACAGCGAAUACCUCAACGACAUGCGGCUGCCCCUCGGGCUCAGCCAUGCCCUGAAGGAAUCUGUCCCACUCCUCCUCAAACUCUUCAACCACUCCAACCUCCCGUUCAAUCUCAAGUCCAGGAAUAUACUCGACAGCCACAACAUGAUUCUCGAUAUCGACCGGCACCACCUCCUCCACCAGCCUGUCACGGUGAAGGAUGCUUACCUCCAAACUCAACACCAGAAUGGUGCGAAUGGUCGACUUGCAGCGGAAGCUGUGGACGAGGAGAAAGAACUCGUACAAGAUUCUGCCUUUUAGGUACUCAACGUUGCGAAGGAAAAGACUUCGAGAUUGAAGCGUGCGACGCAGGGCCCUGUCCAGAAUGGGCCGAUUGGGAAGAGUGGAGCAGAUGUUCUGCGAGUUGUGGAUCUGGAGUUUCACGUAGGCAGAGAACAUGCUUGGGAGGAAUCCAAGGAGCAUGUCCAGGCAAAGAGUAUGCCAAUAUGGCACUGAUUGCCCUGGACCGGCUGAGGAAACAGACCAGUGCUCUAACUUGCCGUGCGCCUCCUGGACACAAUGGACGGGAUGGUCAGAGUGCACAUCACAGUGUGGCCCUGGACAACGCUCACGAACCCGGUCCUGUCGCACAUCUGACGGAAUCUACACUUUGCGAAGGAACCUCAUGUUGUCGAUGGUCGGAUUGGUGUGACUGGUCCAAUUGCGAUCGAGAAUGCGGAAUUGGUCAUAGUAUCCGCUCCAGAGCUUGUGUAAAUGGUGAAGGUAUGAUCGAUAGCAGUUGCCAUUGUGAAGGUCCCAACAGUGAACAAAAAGAGUGCAACACACAGCCCUGUGCUUUGCAGUGCUCCUGGACACAAUGGUGUGCAUGGAGUGCAUGUAGUACUAUGAGUCAAUGUGAGAUUGGAAUUCAAAGCAGGUCGAGGCAAUGUGUUGGCGAACCUGGAUGUCACUGUUUGGGAUUAGCUGAGGAGAAUCAACAAUGCAGAGGACAGAUUCCUUGCUCAACCAAAGUGCCAUGUUAA